AUGUCUGAAGUCGAAGAAGUUGUAGCUAUAUUCGGUGUUGGAGACCAUGUUUGGGUACCAUGGAGCACUAUUAUCAACUCUAUUACAAUUAAAGUUAAAACCGAGUCUAGUUCAAGUAAAACUCCCAUAAAAACAAACAAACUUAUAAAAUAUUGGCCGGCUUUCGUCCUUGAAAGGCACGUAACUACAAAGUUACGAAAAGUUGCCUAUGCGCGAAUAGUACCAACUUCAACUCCUCAAAAUGGGAACUACUUUUCACCAAAAUAUUUGGUUAAACUGAUUGGUCUUAACGUGAACCAAGUUUUUUAUGAAAAAAGUCUCAGGUCUUGGCUUUCCUUUAAUCCCGAACCAUUGCCAGAAAUUUCUUCAAAUUAUGAAUUCAAUUUACCCGGUCAAGAUAUUUCCUUGUCAGAUAUCAAAAUUGAAAAACUUACAGCUCUAUAUGUUCGAGCGGUACAAAAAGUUUCGAAUAAACUUAAACCGACAUUUGAUUCACGUGAUUAUAAUUCCGAAAUUACAAAGAAGGUUACCGCAGAACCUGCUAAGGUCGGUUCGAGUAGUCCCGUUCGUUUAAGGAUAAUUUAUAAUAAAAAUUCCAAAGAAUCGAAAGGGUCGAUUAAUCAUGGUUCAAAUUCUAAAUCAAAAAAGGUGAUUCAAACGCCUAUUUAUCAAAACGUAACUUCAAUAAAUGUUAAUCCACCCUCAAGAAGUGUCGACGUAGAUGAACAUGAACAUGACGGACAUCAAGGCAAACCUGUAAAUGAUGAAACUUACUUGUUAAAAAAGAAACCAAACAAACCGUUGGAAAACAUUGGCUCCGAUAACUCGAAUGAUAACGUUAAACAAAUUCCUUUAAAUAAUUCCGAAAUGACCUCAAUAACUAAUACAUUUAUUAAAGUUGAAAAGGAUCAAGAGAUAUCACAUCUUUUUGAAAUUUCUCAAAAGAAACGUGGCAGAAAAUCACCAAAAAGUCCUGAAACGAAAUUAGAUUCCUUUAAUCCUUCUAAUACGAUUAAUAAAAUCCCAUCUAAUUCUGAUAUAAAAGCUUCUGACAUGAUUAUACCUACUACUGAUGAGUCAUCAUUGCUUAGGAGAACAAGGAAUGGAAGUGUUUUUGGAAAAUGGAGGGCAUCAAAACGUUCACGACUUUCUCAAGAAAGUCCAGAACAAAAUGAUCCUACUUUAGAUCAAAAUAGUAAUGAUUUCAUUAGUAACGAAGUUCUUUCUAAUGAGACUAAUUUAAAAACUUCUGAGGAAGCUCCUAUUCAGAAUGGUCAAAGUAUUUCGAUUAAUUCAACUCAAAACGAUGACCUCUCUCAAACAAAUGAUCCCACACAACAAAACAAAAGAAAGUUGAUUACUGACAUCCAGAAAAAUCGACCGAGAUUUUCCGAUCAAGUAAAUAAGGAUGAUACAGUUAAAGAUCCAGAAUUACAAGAAAACGAAAUUAAGAAAAGGAAGGUUCAGGAUGGUUCAGUCAAACAAGAUGAUAUUCACGGAAACAAUGUUGGUAAUAAGUCCAUGGAGAUUAAUGUAGGAAUGCAUAGUUUCGAUAUUUCCGAACAAUGUAACAACAUUGAACAAGAUGAUAAUAAUGCGAUAAGAUCAACGCCUAUACUUAAUUUAACAAGGAUGGAAUAUUAUAAAAGUAAAAAUGAAUGCAUAUUCGAAAUAAAAGAGAAACCUAUAAUUCAGUCUGCGGAUCAAAUACAGUCUACGGAUCAAAUAUUGCAAAGGAAUGUUGAAUCGGAAAAAUUUAAUGAAAAAAAGAUACGGAAUCGCUUAAUUUGCAAUACUAAUUGCGCACCAUCAGAUUCUGUUACUCAAGCGAUUUGUGAAGAUAAUUAUAUGCAACAACAGAAUGAUGUAUCUGCUAUUAUCGAAAUUAAAGAUGAACAAGUAAUUGUAAAUAAUAUUCAUAGUGGUAAUAAUUCUUUAUCGUCAGUCUUUUCUUCACCGUUACAAUCAUUUCGUUCUGUUUUGGGAUUUGGUAACAUCUUUUCAUGGAGUAAACGAGGUAUCGAUGCUUGA